GUCUACAGUUAACCCUUGCACCGUAGAAGUUAACAUGUCUCUGAAAUUUUACUAUGAUUUAAUGUCACAGCCAUCAAGAGCUGUUUACAUCUUUUUGAAAGCUAACAAAAUACCAUUUGAAGAUAAACCAGUUGCUCUGAGAAAGGGAGAACAUUUGACUGAAGAAUAUAAAAAACUGAAUCCAUUCCAGAAGGUACCUUUCAUCGAUGACAAUGGUUUCAUUUUAAAUGAAAGUGUAGCCAUACUGAAAUACCUUUCCCACAAGUUUGAUAUUGGAGAUAAUUGGUAUCCUAAGUCUGAUUUGAAGAGACAAGCAAAGGUUGAUGAGUAUAUGAACUGGCAACAUAUUAAUACCAGAUUAAAUGCUGCAAUGAUCUUUCAACAUUUGCUUCUGCUACCUAGAAUAACAGGAAAACCAGUUCAAGAAAAGCAGAUGGCUAGAUUUAAAAAAGGGUUAAUAGAAAGUGUUGGCCACAUAGAUAAAUAUUUUUUAGGUAGUCAACCCUUUUUAUGUGGGGAUAAGCUUUCGGUAGCAGAUUUGCUUGGAGCUUGUGAAUUAAUGCAGCUCCAUGCUGUCCAUGAAGAGAGUUUUUAUACAGAUAACCCAGUAGUGAAAGCCUGGAUUGAAAGAGUGAGGAAUAGGUUAGCACCACAUUUUGAUGAUGCUCAUAAAAUAAUCUUCAGAACCCGUGACAUUUAUCCUACAUUAAAAGCCAAGUUGUAAAUUACUAUGUUGAAUUGUGAAUUGUGACAUUUGGUUGUACCAUAUUGUAAAUGUAUAUACAUAUAUGUGUGUAUGUAUGUAACAAAAUU